AUGGCAGACGAACGUCCGCCGUCGUCAUUCGACUUAGUCAGUGAUGCAUCCAAGGCUAGGCACGAGGCAAUCUUGGACAAGACCCGCCAGAUGCUCAAGGCUCUCAAGUUGUAUACGCCGGAUCAGGCGAAUAUCGGGGUACAAAAUAUUUUGUCCCAGGUACACAACCAGAUCAUGCAUGCGGCCAUGGGGGGCAAGCAGCCCAUCUCAGCCGAGAGCUAUGCAUGGCAGAGUGACAAUGGCAUUUGGUCAAUGACUGCUCAGGCUUGCAACUUUACGGUGCCGCCAGAGUUCCCCUACAACUCCGAGGGAAUCUAUGGGAACACUGAGCCGUAUGCACCAGAGGUGCUUGCAGUGUUGGCUCUCGCCGAGCCGCCAGCCACAGCAAAGCCUGUGGUUGUCCCAACUCGGCCUCCUACUGCACGUGCUAGUAUUCAAGCCCGGUCCCCGUCGCCGACCCGGUCCCCGUCGCCCGCCUCGUCGCCUUUGCUGCCGCCUCGCCGGAAUCGGCUCGUUCCUCUGGACUCGCCUGGAGAGGGUCCUUCACGGCCGCCUCGCCGGAGUCGGUUCAGUCCUCUGGGCUCGCCUGGAGUGGGUCCUUCACGCAGUGGCGGCUCUGGCUUGGCCAUUGAUGCUUUAUCAGAGGAUGCCUUUGGGCUAGGACCGAGCGGUUUGGCAGAAAGUGAUGCCUUUGUCACCAGCCCGGCUCUUCGACCCAGGGAGUCAUCAAGGUCGCCGUCCUUGUCUUCACUUCAUGUGGAGCCUGGCCCGGGUUCACCACCACGUCCCCAAUCGGAGUAUAUGCCAACUCCAUAUCCGGGCGACUGGUCAAAAGACAGCAUUGACGCUGGCGAUAAUUUGAUUCGUCAAAGGAGACUUGAGCAAGAUGCAAAGGGCAAGGCCACAGCUCAGGCCCUAGGGCUCUCCGCAGACGAGUACUGGUCCGAGCACAUAGCGCCAAAGAUCACGGAAAAGUAUACCUACAAGAAGAGGGAAACACCCCUUCCCGAGGGCUUCCGCAGUUGGUCGCACUCAGAUGACGGAGAUGACGGAGAUGACGGGAAUAUCUCUCUUGAGGAGGCUAAGGCGAUGGACGCAGAUUUCCGGAAGAAGGCAGGGCUUCCCCCAGCGGCUCAGAGUAUCCCGUUCUUCACCGUGAGGGCACGGAACGAUGCGCUUGCGGCCGAGGAUCAGCAAAAGAUCCGAGACGCAACAGUGCCCGUCCGCCCGCCGGUCGCGUUGCCCAAGACCAUCGGGGCAUCCGCCGGGUCUACGGCCCCCCGCCGGCCAGUGCGGGAAGAUCUUCCUGAGAACACGCGUGAUCGGGUGCUGACGCUCAAGGAGCGCCAACUGAUAUGGGACCGUUAUUUUGAGAAUUGCCCAAUGCAGGUGCAGGGCGACGAUGCUGGCAUCCAUGCCACAGAGCCACUCCAGCUGCAGAUCCCACGUCAGAAGAGAUUCCGUCUCCUCGGCGAAAGAGUCAGCGACUCUCAAGGAAGGGUGUGGAACGAAGGAUUCGAAAAGCUGAGGUUUGCCUUGCACCCAGCCAUCGAAAUCGUGUUCCAGGACCCGUCGGACAAGAAGUUCCCGUACAUCCUCCUGUACAUCGGCAUAAGAUCAUUCCACAAGGUCGAGCCAUUGGCGAUCUCGACUGUGAUGGGCCUUCGGCUGACAUGGGCUGGACUCCUCGCAUGGGCACUGGAGGUAAAUGACAACUGGCAGGUCGAUGCGCACGACAUGUUUUCCGAGUUCUGUCGCCGCAAGUCCAAUGCGCUCUUGCCUAGCUGUCAGGACAUUCAGUCGAUCCAGGACAGCUGGGCAGAGGUCCUCAGCAAGAGCAGGUACCAACAGAACGCGCCCAAGGAAAGGCCAGUCCCCAAAGGCCCGACUCCAGAACAGCUUGCACAGCGCAAGCGAGACAAGGAGGCCUUGGACGAACGAAGGGCAUUCGUUCGGAGUGCCCGUCAGCAAGCCGAAAAGGCCGAAGAGGACCGUAUUCGUUCUGAAAUCCAGGAGAUGCUGGAGCAGGCAGAUCGAAGCUUCCGCCUCGAGUCUUUCUUUCCGAGGCUGGACAUUAUUGCCAGCAGCGGCGAUGCUUCUCGCCGGGUCGUCAUGGUAGCCCGCCAGUGCAAUGCAUGGGCGGAGGACAGGCUGGACGCACAGUCGAGGGGGAAAUUUAUCACCGCCGUAGCAAGCUGGGCAUUUGGCUUCAACCGCGCCGCCAAGGGCGAUGAUUGA